GUGGUAUUUUAUGCAUGUACUCCAAUGGUCAUAUUAUUUUAUAUUGAUAUUAUUUCCGCACCGUAUUUAUUUAAACAAACAAUAGAAUAAAAGCAAAAUGAGCCUGCCAGCUGCACUAUUACAGCGCCUGAAGAAGCGCGGACUUGUGACCAAACAAUCGGGAGCAGCACCAGUUUCAGAAGCUAUAGAAGAGAUUAUAGCCGAGAACUACGACGACGAUGACAAGAGCGGCCCUUAUCCGUACAAGGAGGACAUAUCGCCGGAGCCCAAGCGCAGGAGCGUGGAGGAGAAGUUCUGGUCGCACCGCAUCAAGGAGCGGAUCGGCGUGAACGAGUCCUACCAUGGCUAUAAGCUGUGUCCCAACAAAUACAACAUAUACCACAAGUGCUCGCUGUACUGCGUGAACAAGUUCAAUAGCUCGCCGCUCUCGCAGCCCGGCCAUAGGUAUCUCAAGCGCUACAAGAGAUUGCUGCGGAAGUAUCCACUGGAGGCGGGCUGGAAGGAUAUCUACGAUAAGGGCUGCAAGGCGUUUUACUUCUAUAACUCCACCACACAGACUGUUUCGUGGCUGCCUCCUUCGCAUCCCAAAGCACGGAUCACCAACAGCGCCGCCGUGUUUCGCAGACAACUGGCCAACUCCAACGAUGAGUUCAACUUCGAUACCAACAUGGUUCAGCCCAAGUCUUCUAACCAAAAUGAACUCGACGAGCCCGACGUAUUCGUUCCCGCCAAGAAGCAAAAGUCCAGGGACCUGGAACGAAAAAUCCAGCGACGUCGCCGUAAUGAUAACUAGCCGCACUGUAGUUCGCUACUGUUCAAAUAAAAAUGAAUAACUAUGAUAGAUAUUAAGGUUUAAAAAUGUA